AUGGGCGCGGAGCAGUCGACAGCGGCAGGCGCUUCCGCAGAGACGUAUACGCCGGGGGACCAGGAGCAGGAGGUUCAGGCGCGGAAGAUGGCCGAGGAAGCGGCGGCGAAACUGGACGCAGGCAGCGCUGGAAACGGCGGUGCGACCGGGUCGGAUGCGGCCCCUGUAGCACACAGCAGCAGUGCGGAAGCGCCAGCCGGCGAUGGCGCGGGCGACGACGACGACGACGAAGAGGAGGAGACGUGCGGCUUCUGCAAGUUCAUGAAGGGCGGCCCGUGCAAGGACACGUUCGUGGCCUGGAGCAAGUGCGUGGACGCGGGGAGGGACUCCGGAGAUGACUUUGUCGAAAAGUGCAUUGAACCGACGGUAGCCCUCAAGGAGUGCAUGGAGGCCAACCCGAACUACUACAAGCCGAUGCUGCAGGCCGAGGACGACUACCACGAGGAGCGGCGUCGGGCUGCGGAGGCUGGCGACGAGGACGCGAUCGCGGAGAUCAAGGCGGAGGAGGAGGCGGCGGCUGCGGCGGCGGCGGAGGAGGCGGGCGGCGAGGGGGGUGGUGCGGAGGCGCAGGGGAGCGGUUGA